AUGAAUGGACUUCUUGGUUUCCGUGAGGAUUCUCCAGCUGUCGAGGUGCCGAUCGAGGAUGACAUCUCCUACAACGGGUCCACCUCCCAAUCCUCCUACACGAGCCACUCCCGCAGCUCUAGCGGCAGCGUCUAUAGCACAUCCACCUCGGCCACGGACAACGAGGCGUACCAGAACCUCAAGCUCGAGCUCGACGUGGCUCAAGAAAACAUAGUUGAACUUCAUCAGAAAUACGACGAUCUCGAGCGCACCUCGAAAUACGCGAAAGGACAACUCGAGAACGAGAUCGAUUUCCUACGCCUUCAGCUUCAGCGCCUCAAGGAAAAACCCGCGACAUCGCAUGAACAGGCGACUCGGCUACUCGAGCUCGAGGCUGGGAGGGCUGCGGCUGCCGCGAGGGUGCAGGAGCUGGAGGCGGCUGCGGCGUCGAGCACCGAGGCCGCGACCAGGCUGGCCGCCGAGCACGCUGAGCAGGUUGCCGGGCUGGAGACUGCGAGGGCUGCGGCUGCCGCGAGGGUGCAGGAGCUGGAGGCGGCUGCGGCGUCGAGCACCGAGGCCGCGACCAGGCUGGCCGCCGAGCACGCUGAGCAGGUUGCCGGGCUGGAGACUGCGAGGGCUGCGGCUGCCGCGAGGGUGCAGGAGCUGGAGGCGGCUGCGGCGUCGAGCACCGAGGCCGCGACCAGGCUGGCCGCCGAGCACGCUGAGCAGGUUGCCGGGCUGGAGACUGCGAGGGCUGCGGCUGCCGCGAGGGUGCAGGAGCUGGAGGCGGCUGCGGCGUCGAGCACCGAGGCCGCGACCAGGCUGGCCGCCGAGCACGCUGAGCAGGUUGCCGGUCUGGAGGCUGCGAGGGCUGCGGCUGCCGCGAGGGUGCAGGAGCUGGAGGCGGCUGCGGCGUCGAGCACCGAGGCCGCGACCAGGCUGGCCGCCGAGCACGCUGAGCAGGUUGCCGAGCUGGAGGCUGCGAGGGCUGCGGCUGCCGCGAGGGUGCAGGAGCUGGAGGCGGCUGCGGCGUCGAGCACCGAGGCCGCGACCAGGCUGGCCGCCGAGCACGCUGAGCAGGUUGCCGGGCUGGAGACUGCGAGGGCUGCGGCUGCCGCGAGGGUGCAGGAGCUGGAGGCGGCUGCGGCGUCGAGCACCGAGGCCGCGACCAGGCUGGCCGCCGAGCACGCUGAGCAGGUUGCCGGGCUGGAGACUGCGAGGGCUGCGGCUGCCGCGAGGGUGCAGGAGCUGGAGGCGGCUGCGGCGUCGAGCACCGAGGCCGCGACCAGGCUGGCCGCCGAGCACGCUGAGCAGGUUGCCGGGCUGGAGACUGCGAGGGCUGCGGCUGCCGCGAGGGUGCAGGAGCUGGAGGCGGCUGCGGCGUCGAGCACCGAGGCCGCGACCAGGCUGGCCGCCGAGCACGCUGAGCAGGUUGCCGGGCUGGAGACUGCGAGGGCUGCGGCUGCCGCGAGGGUGCAGGAGCUGGAGGCGGCUGCGGCGUCGAGCACCGAGGCCGCGACCAGGCUGGCCGCCGAGCACGCUGAGCAGGUUGCCGGGCUGGAGACUGCGAGGGCUGCGGCUGCCGCGAGGGUGCAGGAGCUGGAGGCGGCUGCGGCGUCGAGCACCGAGGCCGCGACCAGGCUGGCCGCCGAGCACGCUGAGCAGGUUGCCGGGCUGGAGACUGCGAGGGCUGCGGCUGCCGCGAGGGUGCAGGAGCUGGAGGCGGCUGCGGCGUCGAGCACCGAGGCCGCGACCAGGCUGGCCGCCGAGCACGCUGAGCAGGUUGCCGGUCUGGAGGCUGCGAGGGCUGCGGCUGCCGCGAGGGUGCAGGAGCUGGAGGCGGCUGCGGCGUCGAGCACCGAGGCCGCGACCAGGCUGGCCGCCGAGCACGCUGAGCAGGUUGCCGGGCUGGAGACUGCGAGGGCUGCGGCUGCCGCGAGGGUGCAGGAGCUGGAGGCGGCUGCGGCGUCGAGCACCGAGGCCGCGACCAGGCUGGCCGCCGAGCACGCUGAGCAGGUUGCCGGGCUGGAGACUGCGAGGGCUGCGGCUGCCGCGAGGGUGCAGGAGCUGGAGUGUGCUGUCGCUGGAGUUGUAGAGAUGUUUGUGAAGGAGCCUGUGAAUGGUAGCGCAGAUUUUUUGGUGGAUAACAAGGGCUGGGGAAAGGGCGUGGAUCAUGCUGUGAUCGCUAGAGAGCUGGAGUUGGGUCUAAGGCAGCAGGUGAAGGAACGCGAUGCGUUGAUGGGUCGACUUAUGGACGAGGUGAGGCAACUGAAGACCAAGUUGGUGGCAGCAGAUGCCGAGAAAGCAGAGAUAGCGCGAAAUCGAGAAGUGGUCGAGCGAGAGUUGCGUCGACGCGCUGAGGCAACCGAGUCGAGUGGGUUGUUGUCCGGUCAGGAGAACGGUCUCGGCAGCAGGACGAAGCACUACCGUAGCUGGUGCCCAUGUGCAAUGAUGUGA